CGCAACUUAAACCCUGUAUCUUUGUAAAGACCAGAAGAAAGUAAGAAAAGUUAAAACCCUAACCCCAAUUCUAUCUCACAUGGUCGUUGAGGUUGGAGGCCACAAUUGCAGUUCUUCAUCUUGCGUUUUUUAGCAAUGGGUGAUACAACAUUUUUGGAGCGCCCCAUAUCAGAGGACACACUUCAGUUACUCUUUCAAGCUUCCAACUCUUCUAACUUGGAAAAUUCCCUUGAGAUUCUCAUUCAGAAUGCCAAAUCCGAUUCUGGGCGUUUGGAACUAGCUUCUAAAAGGAUUCUUCCUGCAGUACUUAACAUUGUCCAGUCACUUGCUCUAGCUUCAUAUCACCAUCACCAUCACCAUCAUCAUAAUCAAACCCUUUCUCUGUGUUUUAAGCUCCUCAGAAACUUGUGUGCUGGAGAAGCUGCAAACCAGGCCUCAUUUAUUGAGCUUAAUGGCGUAGCAAUUGUUUGGAAUGUUCUGAGGUCAGAUGCCGGUUCCUCAGGCCCUGAUCAUGGAUUGGUUCGGUGGGGUCUGCAGGUUCUGGCAAAUGUUUCUUUAGGGGGGGAGCAGCACCAACGUGCUAUCUGGGAAGAGCUGUAUCCUAUUGGGUUUGCAUCACUUGCUAGAGUUGGCACUAAGGAAACUUGUGACCCAUUGUGUAUGGUGAUCUAUACUUGUUGUGAUGGAAAUCCUGAAUGCCUUAGACAGUUGUCCAGUGAUGAUGGAUGGCCUGUAAUGGCGGAAAUAGUGAGAACUGCUUCUUCUGCUAGUUUUGGGGAGGAUUGGUUGAAGUUGCUCCUUUCAAGAAUCUUCCUUGAAGAAUCUCAAUUGCCUGUGUUGUUUCCCAAAUUGCAAUUUGUGGAUGUUCCUGAGGGUGAAGUUAUUGAUUCAAAAGAUGAUCAAUUUUCAUUUGAACAAGCAUUUCUUCUGCAAAUCCUAUCAGAAAUCUUGAAAGAGCGGCUUGGAGAUGUGACUGUUUCAAAGGAUGUUGCUUUAUUUGUUUUUGAAAUAUUCAAGAAGUCUAUUGGGGUUCUUGAACAUGCAAUGAGAGGGAACUCUGGUCUUCCGAGUGGCUUUACUGGGGUUGAUGUUCUUGGCUACUCUCUUACCAUAUUGAGGGACAUUUGUGCUCAAGAUGGUAUAAGAGGUAAUACAGAAGAUGCAAAUGAUGUUGUUGAUGUCCUAUUGUCAUAUGGCCUCAUAGAAUUGCUUUUGUCUUUGCUUGGUGCUCUUGAACCUCCAGCAGUAAUCAGGAAAGGGCUCAAACAAAUUGAGAAUCAGGAUAGUGCUAGUUGUUACUCAAAACCAUGCCCUUACAAGGGCUUCAGACGAGACAUGGUUGCACUGAUUGGCAAUUGUGUUUAUAGAAGGAAGCAUGCUCAAGAUGAAAUACGGGAUAGGAAUGGAAUUCUACUGCUAUUGCAGCAGUGUGUGACUGACGAAGACAAUCCUUUCCUGAGGGAAUGGGGGAUAUGGUCUGUGAGGAAUAUGUUGGAGGGAAAUGAUGAAAACCAAAAGGUAGUUGCUGAAUUGGAGAUUCAAGGAUCUGCUGAUGUGCCUGAAAUUAAUGCACUCGGUCUACGAGUGGAAGUUGAUCAGAGAACUAGACGUGCAAAGCUUGUUAACAUCCCGUCCUGUGAAAAAUCAUUAUAACUAAGUUUUAUCUACAAAUCAUGGUCUUUCUCAAAUGAUGAUACCAUCUCGUGAUUGAUUUGAAUUUAUGUUGGGAUUAUUUUCCCUUUCAAAUGGAAUCUGCUGUUGCCAUUGUCAA